AUGUCGUACCACACUGGUCGAACUUCUUCCACCGAACAACUGAAAAGCUUGGAUGGUCGUACAAUAUCAACGACAAUAACCGAAAAACCAUCGGGUAUAAGCCGUGCCCUCCAGAGCCUGCUUAUUUCCCCGCAGUUUAAGAGUGCGGGCGGGACAAGCUAUUCGCCCAGAACAGUCGAGCCACUCGUAUCCUCGCCUUUGCGCAUCAGUUCUUCAGAUAUGGCAUCCGCUCCAAGUUCUCCGGAGAGGCACACCGCCGAUCGCGAGGCUCUUACUCGUAGAUCAUCCGAUCAAGCCGUUGACACUGUCCAUUCAACUACGCGUCGUCUUAGUGUUGACGAUAGUGCAAAAUCUGAUGUCCCUUCUACUUCUUUAGAGCAGCCACAAGUCAAAAAGCGAUUUUUGCAGGCUCGCGACAGGUCCCAGAGUCGCAAGGGUGUGGCUGCCAUAAUGUCUGGCCGUCUCUUCCCGAGAAGCUUUUCUCGUGGUAGAGACAGAGACUCAUCACGGGCAUCUUCCCAGCGUGGAUCAUCUCUGGACGCCCGUUCUACCCCUUCGCCAGAACGGGGUCGCCCCAGUUCAUCUAGCAGUCAUUCUGUUCAUGUUGAAACCUUGGCUCCCGCCCCUGUUGGUUCAGAGACGGGGAAGUCGCUCAACAUGCACGAUACAUUCAACAAGUCAGAUGAGGCACUGCCCAAACCCCACGGAAGCAUGCCUGAUUACAUCAAACCCACAGCCGUGGAAGAGGGAGGGGAGCGACUAGCCAAGGAUGUUUUCGAUCGUGACAAGAACAUGAUUGAAAGCAGUGAAGAUGAAGAUACUUCGAGCGACGAAGACAGCACACUGGAUGGUGAAAGAGGCCGCAAGAAAAAGAAGCAUUCGGAUAUCACAUCUAUAACGCCAAGUGACUUUGAAAAAUCCAAAAGUGACAAUUCCAAGCAGUCCGAAGAACAAAAAGCUUCCGAAAAUCCAAGUGGGCGGCAGGAGAAGAAGCCGCGAAAAUCUGCUUUGAAAGCUGUGGUCCAUCCACAGACCAGUUUCGAUAUUCCCACCCCGCGUGUUCAGUCGGUGGCUGGCACACCGUACGGCUCAGAGGAUGAAGCUGAGAUCGGCGACAUACACCGUGCUCAGAAGCUCGGCAUUUCCAUGUCAGCUAUUGAUAACGGUGUUCACAACCGAUCCAUCCGAACAAUUGUCCGCGGGAACUUUUCAAGUCAGCAGGAUCAAGGCGAUGGGAGAAGCCGUCGCCAUCGGAAAUAUUUAAUCGCAACUGACUUGAGCGAGGAGUCGGUUUAUGCCCUUGAAUGGACUAUUGGGACGGUCCUGAGAGACGGAGACACGAUUUUCGCUAUUUACGCCAUGCACGAGGACUCCACUACUGCGUCAGCAGUUCAGGUCGGCGAGGGAGCCAAAGCGAUGAAAGAUGCAACGGCUGUCGUUGGGACCCAAACGAAAGAAGCAAAUCAAAAUUAUGGAUCCCGUACGAUCCUGGGUCGACUUGGCCCUAGUACUGGCCCUGCUAGCAAGAGCCAUUCUGCUGAUUCUCGGGCAUCGUCAAUAGCUGAGGCAGAACGGAUGAGGGCAGUUGAGACUGUGUCUCAGACCUGUGUGAAACUGCUACGGAAAACGGUCUUGCAGGUCCGCAUUGCCGUGGAAGUGAUCCACUGCAAGAACCCGAAGUCUAUGAUCACUGAAGCUAUUGAUGAACUUGAACCAACACUCGUUAUUGUGGGCGCCCGAGGUCAGAGUGCACUGAAGGGUGUGCUUCUCGGCUCGUUCUCCAACUAUCUUCUUUCUAGCUCUUCCGUGCCGGUAAUGGUUGCACGCCGAAAGCUGAAGAGGCAUACGUGGAAGGAGAAGCUCAAGGGCACUACGAAUGUGCGCCUAUCUAAUAAUCUAAUUACCCCGAAGAGUCUUGCUCAAGCCAAAGUGGACUGA